AUGAUUACCAAAUGCAAGAUAAAUGACUACCAUAUUACAGAAGAGAUUGGGUCGGGAGCCUACGGCCUGGUGUACAAGGCUGUUCAUUACCGUGGUGACAUAGUGGACCUCGACGAGCAUUCGAACUUGAAGGAGUAUGCCAUCAAGGCUACUAUGAAGAAGUUGAGCAAAGCUGAGAGGAUAAGGCUUGGUCUUUCGAAUGUAUCGCAGAAUUUCCAGGCAGUGAUACUGGACUGUUUCAGAAGGAACCACUAUGUGCUGUCGCUGCCUGAGGUUGACUUAGAGUCUAUCAAGAGUCUUAGUGAGGAAGAGUUGUCCAAGAUUCCGCAGUACAAGGAAAUUGCUCUACAUUUGAAAGUUCAUGAUCAUAAGAACAUAGUUACCAUCUAUAAAGUGCUCGAAUCUCCUGUGGCUACGUUCAUUGUUAUGGAUUACUACAAGAUAGACCUGUUCACUUCCAUUGUUGACAUGCGACAUUUCCAAGCCAAUGGACGACUGAUAAAGAAAGUCUUCCUGCAGAUAUGUUCUGCAAUUGAAUACUGCCAUAAGAACGGGAUAUUCCAUUGUGAUAUAAAGCCCGAAAACAUGCUUCUGGAUAGCGACGAUAACGUCCAUUUGUGUGAUUUUGGGUUAGCCACCACUGCACCUUACUUAACACCAAACGUAUGCAUUGGAAGUUCAUACUACAUGGCUCCAGAGAGAAUCUCCUACUCUGAUGAUACAGAGGCAUUUGAAGAAAGCGAAUAUGAGCAAGAUAAUGAAGAUAGUAAAAGUUUCCAUAUCGAUUAUGAGAAUGGGAAUACAAAUAAGAAUCAUAACGAGAAAACGAUUAUAAGCACCGCGUAUAACAAUAGGCAUAGUAAAAGAUAUUUGUCCUUCUCUACAGCGAGCGCUGAUGUGUGGUCCUUAGGGAUCAUUUUAAUUAACUUAUCAUGCGUUAGGAAUCCAUGGUUAAAAGCACAUCAGACAGACGACAAUACUUUCUAUUAUUAUGUAAGGGACCCCAAGGUACUGCUAAAAAUCCUACCCAUUUCACAAGAAUUCUUUCGGUUAUUAAAGAGAAUACUUAAGGUUGAUCCAAGCCGCAGAAUUAGUAUCCAGAAUUUGAUGCUUUCAGUGAAAUCUAUAAAAUCUUUCACAGAGGCAGGUCCUUUGAGUACAGUGGAAGAGCUCUCGAAUGAAGACUAUGACUACUAUACAAACUAUUUUGAUUCUGUUGGGGCAAAUACAAAGAGUCAAUUAAAACCUCUUCUCCAUAAUAGAGCAUCUUCUAGUUACUUGGACAGUGGGGAUCAUAUGCCAUCCAAGAGGAUGGAUGUAGAACAUAGCCCCAAUAAUAUACACCCUUCGAAAAAUACCAUCGUUAUACCCGAAAGUCCUAAAUUGAAUGAAAUUGCAGAUAAUGAGAACGAGAACGACGAUAUGAGAAGAGAGGGAUCACCUAUCGAGCAUAAAAACUUCAAGCACUCUGAAAUAAUCAACCAGGCCUCGAGGCCAAAGACGGACGAAAACCCAUUACCAGAAUUUCAAGAAAGGUUAAAAUAUUUAAAGAUGGAUUUGUCAUCGAUUAACCGGUGA